AUGGAUACCCUUAACAACAGAACUGAUUAUAACAUGAUUGCUGUGACAGAAUUUAUCUUGUCUGGAUUCCACAAUUCCCUAAACUUUGUUAUUACCGCUACAUUUGUUAUAUUUCUCUUAUUGUCCUAUGUAUUUACUGUUUUAGGAAAUGUCCUCAUUCUCACACUAGUGACCUUGGAUAAACAUCUGCAGAGUCCAAUGUAUUUUUUCUUAUGUAACCUAGCUGUCCUAGAAAUCUGUUUCACUAAUCUUGUUAUUCCAAAUAUGAUAAGAGGCUUCAUACCAAGAGGAAAGUACAUCCCUAAAGCUGGAUGCCUGACCCAGUUCUACAUUUUCUUUCUAAUAGGGGCAGCAGACUUUCUUAUUUUAGCAACAAUGUCCUUUGACCGAUACCUAGCUAUAUGUCAUCCUUUGAGGUAUAAUGUUAUCAUGAACAGACAGGUCUGUAUACGACUUAUGGUUGGUAUAGCAGUAGGGGCAUUUUUUUACACACUUGUGCCAUCGAUUUUAAUUAUGCGAUUGCCAUUUUGUUCUAGUGUUUUGGAUCACUUCUUCUGUGAUAUUGCACCUUUACUAAAUAAUGCAUGUGGUGAUGUAACCUCAGUUUAUCUUUUGGAAUUUACCACAAGCACAUUACUGCUUCUUGGAACUCUUAUGGUCACUGUUGUUUCUUAUAUUCACAUCAUAUAUGCAGUUUUGAAAAUUAAUUCAAAAGAUGGGCUGGAAAAGGCUUUCGCUACAUGCAGCUCUCAUGCUGUUGUAGUAAGUCUCAUCUAUGGUAGCUGUAUAUUUACAUACGUUAGACCAUCUAAAGUCCAGGCUCUUGAUAUUGAUAAGGUGGUUGCAAUUUUGAAUGCAGUUGUAGUUCCACUACUUAAUCCAUAUAUAUACACCUUGAGGAAUCAGAAAGUCAAAGCUAUCCUUAAGGAAACCAUGAAUAAACACAGAUCACAUUUUUUUUUAAUAGGUUGA